UGCGCGUCCGCCCCGCGGAAGUAGGAGCGAGUCCGGGCUCAGGCGGGGUCGGGCCCACAUCGGCCGCCGGGGGACCUGGUGCCGGCCCCGCCGCCAUGGAGUUCCCGGACCUGGGCGCGCACUGCUCCGAGCCGACCUGCAAGCGCCUGGACUUUCUCCCUCUGAAGUGCGACGCGUGCGAGCAGAUAUUCUGCACCGACCACAUCACCUACACCCAGCACCAGUGCACCUCUGCCUACAAGAAGGACGUGCAGGUCCCUGUGUGCCCCCUCUGCAACAUCCCCAUCCCUGUCCGAAAGGGGGAGAUGCCUGAUGUGGUGGUGGGGCAGCACAUCGACCGAGACUGCAAAUCCGACCCCGCCCAGCGCAAGCGCAAGAUUUUCACCAAUAAGUGUCUGAAGCCCGGCUGCAAGCAGAGGGAGAUGAUGAAGGUGAUCUGUGACCAGUGCCAUGGGAACUUCUGCCUCAAGCACCGGCACCCCCUGGAUCACGACUGCAAUGGGGUGGGGCGCCCCCUCUCCAGAGCCGGACAUGCUGCGGUCACGAGAGCCCAGGCAUCCUCCUCUGUGGCGGCCGGGACGUCGAGCAGAGGAGCUUCCAGGCCGGCAGCCAGCCCCCCUGCUCCAGCCCCAAGCAGAGGCGGCGUGAUGGCGGCACGGCAGCCCAGCAGCACCUCGCCCCCAGCCGUUGCACUGCAGAAUGGACUGAGCGAAGAGGAGGCACUGCAGCGAGCCCUGGAGAUGUCCCUGGCAGAAUCGGUGCCCGGCUCGGCACGGGCGCUCAGCAGCGCGCAGGAGGAGGAGGACCUGGCCCUGGCGCGGGCGCUGGCUGCGAGCGAGGAGGAGUACCAGAGGAGGCAGCAGCAGCAGGCCCAGAGCCGGAGUUCGAGGCCAUCAGACUGCAGCAUGUUCUAGGCUGGGAGCACCACGAUGCCUAGGACCUGUCCACAGGGCCGGGUACCAUCGCCCAGCUCUGCCAGGCCCUGCCCGAGCGCCACCUGCAGAGGGCCGGCGGGGGCUUCUCCUGCCUCUUCCACAGCUAGAACCAACUGACCAAACCCUGGCUGCUCCCGCUCCCUGGACAAUAGACCGUAGCUGAACCGCUUUGAGCUGCACGGAGCCGCGUUGCGCCACGCCCCGUUCUCACAGACCAGAGCCGGCUGCAGCCGCGUGGGAGGAGCGACCUGCAGCCGCCAGCAGGCCGGCCAUAGCCAGGGAGGAGGAGCAACGCCAGCAGCCGUGGGCCUUGGGAUCGAUGGUGGGCAUCGUGCCUCGGUCCCUCACCCACCUGCCACAGUGCCGAGAGUGGGGUGAAAUGGGGGGGGGCACCUCUGGCCUGGAGAUGGAGGGUUACACGUGGGGUAUCUUGACCCCAAUACCUGCGCUCUGACCCAGGCUGGGUCAUAUCCAGCCACCUGCCCCACACACUACAAAGGAACAAGGACAGCCCCCCCCCGCGCAGCGCUGCCCUGCCCCGCGCAGGGCCUGCUGGAUGCUUUAACGAGACGGGCUGCUCUACACGCGUCUCCCUUCCCGCCCGAGGCUGCCUGGGCCGGAACUGCCCUCACCUCUUCCCCCUCCCCCCCCGUGCUAAAGCACCAGGUCAGCUCCCUGGGGUGCGCGGGGGGUAGGGAGGGUUGUAGCCUCAGGUAAUGGCUGGUAACGCUAAUUUCCCCCAAUGGGGACUCAGCCCUGUCCUCGUUAGCCACCCAUGGGCCCUACAGCUGCGCUCCCUGCGCUGGCCACGCUAUGUGGGAGAACCCCUGCCCUGCAAGGCCUGUCACCUGCCCCUGAGAGUGACUCCCCCCCCCCAUCCUCCAGGCAGGGCUCAGCUGGGGGGCCAGGCCAGCCUUUCUCAGCCCCUCUCCUUGAUUCCUGGGGUGCGGGAUGUGGGGCAGGAAGCCGGGAAAAGCAGCUGCCCUUUUUCCCAUGGGAACACAGCCCCUCCAUGCAGUGAUCACAGACCACUCCACUGCCUCUGCUAAGAGCCCCCCCAAACCCAGCCCUUGCCCUAAGGCAUUACCUGACCUCAAAGGGGAGCCCUGGUGGAGUGUCUCCCGUGGUGAUAGGGACCAGGCCUCUGGAGUCUUCCCCAGAGCAGCCCCUUCUAGUCCUGCUGAAUUCAGGGCCGGUGCCCUGCCGCCAGGCUCCUGGGUUGGUGCGGGCGGCUCUCCUCAGCUCGGGCCUUGUGCCGGCAUCUGCUGCCAGCUCGGUGCAGCCCCUUGGACACACUGGAAGCUGCUUCCCCUCCAGCUCUGGGUGCACAGGACUCUGGGUGCGGCUGGGUCUUGCUGUAGUGGGUAACAGCUGCACCUUCUGCAGCUGGGCAUCUAGGAGGCCAGCGCAUGCGGGCGGCGUCUCUUCCUGUGCCCUGAGCUUGGGCCUGGGCCGGCUGUGGCACUCAGGAGUGGGGGGGGCGAAAGGUAGCUCUCUGCAGGGCUGGGGCUGUCUGGCUACUACGUGCUGCCUGGAGGGAAAUAAAGUCCUACCCAAAAGCGGGG